AUGUCGACAUUUGAGGCUUUUGGAAUUGUUCUCCGGGCAAUUCCCAUCCUUAUCUCAGGUGCAGAAUUAUGGCGUGAGGGAUACGAUAAAGGCCGGCUGGCAUUCCGUAAGCGACAAUAUGUCGACAAGCUUGCGAAUGCUCUGCUGCUACAGCGACAAACGGUAUCAGAAACGGUUCAUCUUAUCAUUACGCGAAGCGGUUAUAGUUAUGAUGAGGCUUUGCUCAACGAGGAUCCGAUUGCAUACUUUCAGAAUAAGAAGAUCCAGGCACAAGUGGAGGACUUUCUAGGGGAUGAGAACUACAAAGCCUUGACUGGAAGGCUACGAGACAUGCAAGUUACUUUGGAAGAAGUAGCCAAACACUUGGACGGUCUCAUUCCUUCUCACAAGGACAACCCUUACGAUCUUGUUGGCAUCAUAGAAGCAAAUCAAACGGCGAAAAAGCACAGGGCAGAUUUCAUCCCUCGUCUUAGAGUCGCUCUCAGGAGUAGCGAGAUAAAACAGAGCAUUAGCGAGCUUGACACAGCCACUAGCACACUACACACAUUCUCACAAACGAUGCUGAUGAAUCGCCAUGGACCUGUUAGUUCGCUGCCAUCAUCCAAUACCACCAAGCUAGCCAAAGCAUUCCGUCGGAUUCAGAAAUCUUCCAAAAACCUUUACACGGCUCUUUGUAGUUGCUGUACUGGGUCUUGUCACAACGAACACGACGUACACGUCUUGCUGGAAGACCGAAUUGACGUCGCAUCAAAACUUCUUGGCUCAACAAAACAAUGGAGUGACGAAGAUAAGGCAAUUUUGGCAUUUCAGCUGAUAUUUGCUGCCAAGCUCCUCACUCCGAUUCAGACGAGAUGUCAUGAGCUGUCAGUCAGAUGCAUGCAACAAGACGAAAGCGGUGACUGCAUCCCGGCACUGGAGUCAAGGCUUUCACAGGUCAAGAUACGUGAACCUGAGCCCAUCAAGUCUAAUGAUUCGAAUUCUUCGCAGCCAAGCUUUAUUCCAGUAGACAACUUUUGUGCAGCUGUUGUCUCGGCUCACGAGAAUACACAACAUGUCGCGUUUAUAUUACAUACAAGUAAUAGAAUGGGCGUCGUGACGGCAAAGGAGAAGACUAUAAUGCAGAAAAACAGCUGUCAAACGAUUACUCUAAAAGAUGUACUCUCGGGGACAUCAAAAUGUUAUGGAGCAAGGCUGCCUCUGCAGUCGAGCAUGUUGCUCGCCUCGAAACUUGCCUCAAGCCUGCUUCAGUUCUCUCAAACACAGUGGUUUGGCCAAGCAUGGUCAAACGAUUCAAUAUUUUUCCUUUUACACCCCGUGUCCGACGGUGUAGCGCCCCUCGCCGACUUCAAUCGACCUUUUGUGUGUGCAACGAUCGAAGGCACAGAAGCCAGCGAGGUGAAACCCGCUGAGCCCAAGUCUAUUCUCCUGGAACUUGGAAUAUUGCUGCUAGAAAUAUGGCACCACACCGUAUUGGAAGAUCGGUUUGCACAAAAGAUGGAACAGACGUCAGGAGAUUAUUUCUCCCGGUUGUCUUUCGCGGCUGAGUGGCUGGAUGAUGAUUACAACACGCUGCUACCAUUGUACGAGAAUGCUGUCAGAUAUUGUAUUUACGGGGCUGCUACAAAGCGCUGGACCAAUUGGAACACGAACGAGCUAUGGGGUGAAAUAUGUAAAGAAGUCAUUAAACCUCUCUCGGAGAACUGCGGGCAAUGGAGGAAGAGUACGGCGGCAUGUUAG